AUGGACGUCCCCAUCGACCCUGCCACAAACUGCAUCGAGUCAACCUGGGUGGAUUCCCACACGUGGACGCCGGUUGAGCUCGAAGCCGCCCACCGCAGCGGCGCCAACAAAAGCACUUCCGACAGAAAGGCCAUCUACGCCACCUACAACCAAUUGUCCGAGGGUGAUCUGCGCAAGGGAUACUACGAACAUAGAGGAAAGGAGUGGCCGGCGACACAUAUGCGCAAAGAGGGAGAAUCGUAUGCGACGGGCGCACUGACCUACGGUUUUGGUUCACCAAUGCUCAGUGUUGGCGAAGGGAAGCAGGUCACGUUUUAG